AUCAUGUGUCAUUAAUUUGCGUAUUCACCUAUACUUUAAUGUAUUCAGUUGCUAUUAAUAUAUCAUGUUUAAAGCUUUUUUAGUGUGUGUUUGUUGUUUUUAGCAUAAAUAUCAGCCUUUAGUAUUAUAUAGAUGAAAUGCUUGCAGUUGUUGAUUAAGUUGAUAAGUUACAAUCGGGGAUUGAAUUUUUUUAUAUAUGAUGGAUCAAAUGGAUGAUGGAGACUUUCCUCAACUACAAGUUAUUACGGAAUUUCUUAGGACAGAAGCUGAAAACCGUGUUGUGCAAACCAACGAAUUGCAGCUGUUUCAGUGUAUUUCAAAUUGUAUUCAAGACAUAACCGACAGGACACCGGGACAUACAAUUAAAAAUCCUUGUGGGGAACAUUGUAUAAGCCAUCUUACAAAUUCAGAUUAUUUAAAGAACACUGUUGUGGAACUGCUGGAGAAACAUUCAGAACAAUUCCAGCCAGUCUCAGAUAUGCUAGUAGACAAUGUUCAUAUACAGGACAGUGAUACAAAUAAAAAGCAAGUGUAUGAGAUGUUUAUUGUAGAUUGCAAGAGCGGAUCUAACUACCAGGUUUAUAUAAAACUACUUCUUUAUGCAGUAGCUACCUGUACAAAUACUCCGAUUUAUAUCUUAGAUACAAAUGAAAUCGUUCUGCAUUGGGUAUAUUAUCAACCAUUAUUCAGCUAUGAAGAACAAACGGGACGCUGUAUAAGAUUUAUUACAAUGUACAUGUCGCCAGUGAGGACGUUUUAUCCUAUAUAUCAACAUGACAUUGAGGACCAAAGAAAACCAAAAGCAGAAGGUCAAAUUGGAAUGUAUUUGAGUAUCUUUAAAGAUAUACAAGUUCUGGAAAUAGAAGUACCAAGUACAUUAUUGAACGUUCUGAAUUCAUUCAAAUCCACGAUAUGCAGCAAAUGUAACCGGGAAGUUAUUAAACAAUGCUGUGGGAUAUUCAGAUCACUCGACAUGAUAGAUGAGGAAACUUUUACACGUAUGACAACAGCGUACAGAGCACGUUCAGAAUCUUUGAACAUGUUCCAAAGAAUAGCAGAACAAAACGAACCUGCGUUUGAAAUUAUUUGUCAGGUUUUGAUACAUCGUCAGGAGAAAAAGGUAUUGUCACCAUAUGUAGAGGAUUGGGAUUCAUUUGGUAAGACUGAUCUCACUUAA